AAUGAACUUAUCGAAGGGUCCAUUGGUGAACAGCAGCAGCGAAGAAAACUCCAAGUCAACAUAUGUUAAAUGCGGCGCUGGUGCCUGGAGGAUGCACCAGAGCUACGAUUCACUGGAAGCCAACCACAUGAGAGACGCACAUGCCCUCUACAACCCCAGGCUUCUCUGCAGAAUGUCCAGUAAGGAGCGCCACCUAGAGUCGAAUUGUCCGUCUUCUUACAUAAAGACUGAACCAUCAAGUCCUGCCUCUCUGACUGACAGUCUAAACCAUCACUCCCCUGGCGGCUCCAGUGACGCCUCUGGCUCCUACUCAUCCACAAUGAACGGCCACCCCAAUGGCUUGGACUCCCCGAGUCUUUACGGUACCAACACAGGACCCCUGGGACCUGCUGGAGGGCCCGGAUCGAAACGUUAUGAGGACUGUUCAUCAACAAUUGGAGAAGAUUCACAAAUUAAGUGCGAGUACAUGUUGAAUUCCAUGCCGAAGAGGUUGUGUCUGGUGUGCGGGGACAUUGCAUCAGGGUACCAUUAUGGAGUUGCAUCAUGCGAGGCAUGCAAGGCUUUUUUCAAACGCACCAUUCAAGGCAACAUUGAGUACAGCUGUCCCGCCACCAAUGAGUGUGAGAUCACCAAGAGGAGACGCAAGUCAUGCCAGGCCUGCCGCUUUAUGAAGUGUCUGACUGUGGGCAUGCUGAGGGAGGGUAAGGGAAAAGGUGUUCGUCUGGACAGGGUUCGUGGUGGAAGGCAGAAAUACAAACGCCGAAUAGAUGCAGACAACAGUCCUUACCUGAACCCACAGCUGGCUUUGCCCCCAAAGAAGCCAUUUGCCUUUGGCUGCCUUGCAGAUAACAAAAUCGUGUCUCACCUGCUGGUGGCUGAGCCAGAAAAGAUUUACGCCAUGCCUGACCCAACAGUACCAGACAGCGACAUCAAGGCCCUCACCACACUGUGUGACCUGGCGGACAGAGAGUUGGUAGUCAACAUUGGCUGGGCCAAACACAUCCCAGGUUUCUCCACACUGUCUUUGGCAGACCAGAUGAGUCUACUGCAGAGUGCAUGGAUGGAGAUAUUGAUUUUGCGUGUUGUGUACCGCUCCCUCUCCUUUGAAGACAAACUGGUUUAUGCUGAGGACUACAUAAUGGAUGAAGACCAGUCAAAACUUGCAGGCCUUCUGGAUCUGAACAACGCCAUUCUUCAGCUGGUCAAGAAAUAUAAGUCUAUGAAGCUGGAGAAGGAAGAAUUUGUGACUCUCAAAGCCAUCGCUCUGGCUAACUCAGACUCCAUGCAUAUUGAGGAUGUAGAUGCAGUAACGAAGCUCCAAGAUGUUCUUCAUGAGGCCCUGCAGGACUAUGAGGCCUCCCAGCACCAGGAGGAUCCCCGCCGGGCUGGCAAAUUGCUUAUGACUCUCCCCUUACUCCGUCAGACCUCAACAAAGGCUGUACAGCAUUUCUACAGUAUCAAGCAGGAUGGGAAGGUUCCAAUGCACAAACUGUUCUUGGAGCUGCUGGAAGCAAAGGUCUGAGUGCUGGAACUGGACGGAGUGACAAAUAGACAUCAGUCUGACCAAUGUGAGCUUCAAGUCAAACUUUGAUCAACAACUUUGAAUGACCUCUUGUUCUUUUACAUGCAGAUACUCUUAUAUUGCAUACGCAGAAAUACAAACACACACAAAGAAAAAUUCUUAAAGAUUUUGGCUGACACCCCCCCUACAGAAUCAAUCAAACCUAUAUCCCAGAAUGCUAAAGCACUAGUUGAUGACUGAACAGCAUUCAAUGGAAUCUGUUUGGAUGGAGACAGGGACUGAAGUACUCAAACCCUACCCCAUAACCAAUGAAAGACUCGUCAGAACAGGCACUUAUUAAGAUCUAUCAAACAAUUCCCAACAGAAAUCAGUUUUGUGACAGAACUUUUAUGUAUCGAGUUGAAAUGUGAAUCCAAAACAAUUGAGGACAUAUUACAGACAAUAAAACACUCCAUAUUAGCUCUGGAAAACUCUGACUGUACCUAAAUUUUCGUUCCCUACUCCUUUUUCAUUUAAAAUUUUGUUGUUUUUUUUUAUUUCAAGAACAACUGAGUGGGAAAAAAUCAACACUUACUGAGAUUUUGUUGUAAGUGCAAAUGUACAGAUUAAUUUGGAUGGAUGAACUGAAAGAGGAGAAGAGGAAAUUUCCCCUGCCAAAGAAUGGAACCACCCAUUCAGAGGAUGCCAGCAAGCUUUACAGUCAUAUUACCCCACUGUUCUGUUUUUAGGUGCAUUCCAGUCCUGGUCCUGAUGUAUACUUGUUGCUGGGACCUUGGAUGGAAACAACCAUUGUAACAAUCAGCUCCCUUUUUUCAGUAACACUUGAAAAGUUGCUGCUGUUUUGUGCAGAUGAUUGAUUCUGGUCAACCAAAAAUCUCAGCUGUGUUUGUGUUGUUAAGAAUCUGAAAGUUAUAUUAAAAAGGGCAGGUGUUGUUCUGCAAAACUACAUUUAAUUCUAAACACUUAAAUUUUAUGAUCAACUUUGCAAAUCAAAGCUGUCUUCCUAAAAUAUAUUUUGAACAGUUGACUUUUUCUUUGGUUAUAUAGUGUGUCAUUCACUCCUCUUAUGUUUGGACAUUUGUUUGAGAUAUUUUUACCUGAUUAACAGCCAGGAAUUGAGCUCUCCACAUACAAAGCUUGCACCAGUUUCACUCUCUCAGUUAAAAAUGGUCUGGCCCAAGAUUACCUUCCACACUCCAAAGUCUCACCUCAGCAGAACUCUCCUCACCCUAAAGUGUUCACAACUCCUAUCUACUUUCUUGCAGCAGUGCAGACAGAUUUUUGUGACUCACUCAGGAAUUGUAGCAUAAGAUUCAGUCUAUGAACAAAAUACAAAAAUCAGAAGGAAACGUUUGCCUAAUUAACUAACCUUAAGACAACUGUUGUUGCUUUGAAAUUCUUUUCAUUAAUUUCACUUAAGAAUCAUAAUAACGAUACAAAUUUAGGUGUUGUAAAUAUUAUCUUCAUGUAUAUGACAUAUAAACCAGCUUUGGUUUAUUUUAAAAUUGUCUUCUUAUAACUGAAUAAGUCAAUGUCUUUUCAUUCCAUGAGCCUAACCACUUUCAACAUAUUCACAUAUAUAUAACAAAUAUCACAAGUAAUACUCUAUAAACAAAUCAUUUUCUCUUAAAACACUAAGCAAUAGUGGUUUUUAAUGUAAGGAUUUGGGUAGUUGGAAAGAGCCCACAGUAUUAACUUAUUGUGCCAGUCUGAACUUUGGGAAAGAAUAUGUUAAAAAAAAUUGCUGCUUCUCUUUAUCUCUGUAUAACUUAUUAGCUGUUUGGAGAAACUCAACCCUAAAUUUGAUGCAGACUGUUAUUUGUAAGCUAGAUCAACCAGGAUAUCCUGGGCAAGAUGCUGGAUUUGGUUUUGGAUUCUACCAAUUUAAUGUUGGUGCAUGCACUAUUCUUUGAAUCUUUUUGGAUAGAUAUCAUGAGAUUUAGGCAACAAAGUUUCUUUGAAACUAACAAAUAAAACAUCAGUCUAAAUUUUCAACAUUAGUAGAAAUUAUUUGGAAUCAGCCAAGAAAGUGCAUUAAAUUAAAGUUUGCUUGUUGAAGUAUUGGUGCUAGCAAAAAAGAAACAUCAGUUGGAUUGUGUCAUAUUCAUGUCCACAUACUAUUCACUCGCUGUCAUAGACUAACAGCAUGGGGGUGGGGUGGGGAGGAUUAAUCCCUUAAAUAGUUGUUUUGCAUAAAACUUCAACUUUAUCCUUUAAGUUGCUGCUAAAUCCUGUUUUGGUAACAAUUAAAAUCUAAAUUGAGGCAUAGUUACGUGAUGGUUAUUGAUAUUUAUAUACAUUUACCUGUGGAAUUUGAACAUUAAGUGAAACUGCUUAACAAGGUCACAAAUACGACGACAUAAAAACCUUGAGACCCUUUUUUACGUUGGAAAGUAGAUUUACUUGGAUUGAAUUAAAAUCUGUGCUUGCUAGCUUCAUUCUUGUAAAGAAAAGUGUAUUACUAUACUAAAAUUCAGUAUAAAUGCAAAUAAACUGAAAGGUAUAGAUGGUUAAAAAUAAUAGGCCUAUAGACAAAAGGGAAUCGGGAGAGUUUAUCAAAUGCGUUUUUACUAAUAUUCAUUGACGUGCCUCCUGUCUGGCUAACCUAAUUAGCUUGUGGCUCAUCCUUUAAAUCUGCCUCAUAACUUGUGUAUAACCUGGACUGUUAAGGCCUUUUAGAAUAGUAAUUUAAGAUGUUAUUUUAUCUAACUAAGCUAUACUGUAGCUUUUGAUGGUUUAAAAUGAGGAAUACAUUUUUACGACAGCAUUUUGUUUACUAUAUAUAAUAUUUUCUUUUUAUCUAAAUUCACUGUUUCUCUUGAAGAAAGUAUUUGAGUAGCAAGGGCAAAAACUGUUUGGUUUUAUUAUAAACUCAUAAAAGAAGGUAUCCUAUUUCAGAUCGGGAACAAGAUGCAUAUCGCGUGGUUAACUAAUCACAGCUUUAAUGGGAAGACAGUUGCCAUUUCCUUAGGAUUAUUUUGUUUUGCUUUUACUGUAUGUAAUUUCUAAAGCCAAAUAAGAAUGCCAAAAUAUUUAUUGUAGAUGACACUGUAAUCUUCUGUAAAAUGGCAACAUUUCACAGCUGAGAAGUGCAGCAGUUUGUGUAGCUCACCUCUAACAACAUGUCCUGUAUCCAUGAUCAGUAUUUUUAGUAAGGGGGAUUUCCUUAACCUUCUUAAACUUGCUGUAUAUUGUAAAUUAUGCAGAUAAUAAUUCUAGCAUUACACAUUUUAUUGUUAAAAAAUGAAGAAAAACUGUGGGAAAAAAAUGUAGUUCAGCUUCUGUGUUUCAUGUUUGCUGUUUUUCCUGUCAAGAAAAAGAGCUCUGUCUUUUAUUUAUUUAGUUUUAAUUUGUAAGUUGUCUCUAAUUUUUCUUUCCUCAUGUGUUGAGAGUCUUCUUAAGACGUUGCUGUGUAAUUUAUCUUGUGGUGAUUUGUGCUGUGUGCUUCUUCUUUAGACAACAGCGCAGAGUAGAGGCCAUGUUGUUUGUCUUUUUGUCCUAUCAAUCCUUUGGGGUCUGGGCACUGGAGUUUCUCAUAAUGAAACAAACAUGACAUAAGGCUUUUUAACUAGGUUACCAGGAUCAAAUUACAGCAUUCAUCUCUACCAAACUACGAAUAAUUUAAUAUCAUGUAUCUAAAUGAAGAAACGCAUUAACAAAUAU